AUGCAACCCAACACCAGUGCUGCAUGGCAGGACCGUAUCCCUGAUUUUCAAAAGCUGCUGGUUAUUUCUGCUGUCAUUCGUGUUGCGCUUAUACUGUACAGCGAAUGGCACGAUGCGCAUUCGAUAGUGAAGUACACCGACAUUGACUAUCGUGUAUUCAGUGACGCUGCCAGAUUCAUCCUUUAUCCCAAACUGCAGGGUAAUAUUGCAAAGGGGCCACUUGCACCACUCUUUUUUACUGUCGGAGAUCCGUACGCUCGGGAGACCUAUCGCUAUACUCCACUACUAGCCAUCCUUCUCCUUCCGAAUGAGUGGCUGCACCCGUCAUUCGGAAAGUACUUGUUUGCCGCAUGCGAUCUAAUAAAUGGCACCCUCAUUUAUCAAAUUUUGAUGUUGCAUAUCCUUCCCCAUACCAAAUCAUUGGCACCAGAUGUCUCCGCAGAGAACUCAAAACGCUUUAUGCGUGCACAUGCAACUCUCCUGGCGGCAACCCAUCUCUUGAACCCUCUUGUAUUCACUAUCUCAACGCGUGGUUCUUCUGAAGCGAUUCUCUGCACUUUUGUCCUCUUGACAUUAUUCUACACACUUGAACGUCGACAGAACGUUGCCGCCGUGAUGCUGGGACUCAGUGCUCACUGGAAAAUCUACCCGAUCAUAUAUGGGGUUAGCUGUGUCUCUGUGAUUACCUCGCAGCGCGUCGAUGGCAAAGGGUGGGAUUUUGCGUAUCUACGUCGUCUGGUUGGAAGACAGGCGCUUUGUUUCGCCCUGCUUAGUGGAGGGACGUUUAUUAUUCUCGGAGCAAUAUGCUACGCUAUGUGGGGAUACCCCUUCCUGUACGAGGCAUAUCUAUAUCAUACAGACCGGCGUGAUCAUCGGCACAACUUUUCUCCUUACUUCUACCUCAUCUACCUCACGUAUUCUAGUUCCGGAGGUACAUCAGCCGACUUACCAAUCUGGCGUCAGCUGCUCCGCUCGCCAUUUACAAGUCUUAUACCCCAACUGACGUUGUCCCUCGGGACCGGCCUCGUCCUUGGCCGACUCUCAGCCGGCCUUCCGUUCGUGUGGUUUGUACAGACGUUCACAUUCGUGCUCUUCAACCGCGUGUGCACAUCCCAAUACUUUAUUUGGUACACCCUCUUCAUACCCCUACUUGUACCUCGCAUCAACCUUUCGUGGAAAAAGUGGGUGAUGUGUGGAGCAGUCUGGAUGGGCACGCAAGCACUGUGGCUUGCGGAGGCAUACAAGUUGGAGUUCCUCGGCGAUGAUGUGUUCUUUGGGCUUUGGGUCAGGAGUUUGGUUUAUGUCGCUGGUCAUGCAUGGGUACUUGGGGUCAUUAUGAGUGGAUAUACACCCUUCGUAUCAUGUAACCAGCACACUCAGGCACCUGGGGUAGCGCUCAUACGAACAUGUACGGUGCCAUCCUGGACGAGUAAACUCGUUAAUCUACCAAGUGCUGAUGCCACUCGGAGAGCGACUCACCUAGAAUCUUUAUUCUUUCCAUUCUUCGCCAGCCGUUGCUCGCGCUUGGCCAACUCAUAUAAUGCAAUAACCUCCUCUACAUCCGUAGAGAAGUAUGAACAUACCUGCUCCACCCCUUCACACCUUUCACUUCCAGCAUAUAAUACAUCAACAUCCUGUCAUUCCCGACUUCAGUGUCGCAGCGCUCGGAACGAGCGCCCCCUGCAGCAUUCCUUCCAUUUAACUUUCACUAAGCCUUCGUCACUAAACUCUCGAUAUUUACAUCACCGCUGUCUUCCAUGAUCGUAGGUCAGACAUGAGUUUCAAGUAGCUAUUUGAUCAUUACUACCGUCUCAGAGUCCGUGUCAAGAAUCUAAGUGUCCUGAGGGCCGGCAGUUGCUCUCCUCUUGUGAUCUGAAAAUGGUAAGCCAGCAGAAAAUUAC